AUGUGUCGAACGUCCAAAAGCGACAAUAGGCCAAACACUCAUUUUUUCAGAGAGGGUUGGAAAAAGAUCAUCGCAACAUUUAAAGGAAAAACUAGUAGGUCUUACAACCAAACACAACUUAAUAACAAAAGGGAUAAUCUGAAGAAAGAGUGGCGAUUGUGCGAGAAGUUGGUAUUCAAUGAGACAAGGCUUGGAUGGGAUGAUCAACGUCAUACUGUGUUGGCUGAUAAUGAAUGGUGGGAGAGGAAAAUCAAGGAGGAUAGGAAGUGCGCUAAAUUCUGCAACCAGGGAAUCACAGACAGGGAGGUGGUAGAAGAUAAUCACAUCAUUGAUGAAGGUGAGAGGGGAAUUGAAGAUCUUUUGAUUUCCCAGGAUGAUGAUUCAAUUUAUCCGGAUUACGAUGCAAAUGCUCGUGCUAGCGGGAGGUCUACCACUCCAAGGUAUCGCGUUAGACGCAAGAGGAAGGCUAGUGAUGUGCAAGAUGAGAUCAAUGCCUCAUUAGGUCAGCUUGUGACUGCAGUGCAAAGUCCCACUUCAGUUGUGACUUCAGUCUACAAUAAUGGGGACAUUGAUAAUAUUAUGCUUAUGCUUGAAGAGUUUCCAGAGACAUCAAAUGGGGGACCUCUGCUAAGGUUUGCACUCAAGUUAUUUGAUAAGGAGGAAAAUCGGGAUUGGUUCUUGGGGAUAGGAAGGAAGAAGUGGCAGCUGGAGUGGUUGCAAUCAAAGUUUGAUGAGGCUAAUGGUGGGGGAAAUUCGGGCUCCAUUUAG